AUGAAACGAAAGUAUAAACAAAUUUUGCUUAAGUUUUGUUUUAUAGUGAUUUUUGUAACUAUCGGGAUAAGUGUUUUAAUACGGUUCACACUUUAUGAUAAAAGUCAUCUUAUAAUUCAUAAAUUUUCAAAAGAGAAAAGAUAUGUGGUAACAACUACACCGGUUAUAGUGAGUACGAGUGGUAAACAACACGAACUUACGGAGAAAAACAAGCCGGGUUUGAAACGUCCAAUUGUUAACAACAUAAAUAAUAUUUCGGAGAGUGCAAAAAGUGACAAGAUUCAACAGCUGCCACAAGAGAUUUUGAGCAGAUUCCUGCAACUACCAAACGAUACAUAUGUAUAUAAAAUAUGUAUCUUGUCGCCGGUACGUAACGCAGCAACGUCACUAACACGAUUCGGGGUACAAGUCGGGAAGUUGAGUUAUCCUCCUCACUUAAUCUCUUUGUACUUUGGCGAGGAUGGAAGCACGGAUGACACAUUUGAAGUAGCGAAUAGAACUGCAUACAAUCUUCGAAAGUUGAAAAAGUUUAAUUCAGCGUAUGCUGUUAAAUUGAACAUUUCAGGAGGUUAUCAAGGAAAACAUAGAACGCGACACGAGCAAGAUGUCCAGGAACACAGGAGAACACACAUGGCUCUAGCUAGAAAUCGUCUGUUUCGAUUUGCUCUGCGUCAGAAAAAAUUUGAUUAUGUUCUAUGGAUUGACAGUGACAUUGCCGAACUUCCGGAUGACCUAAUUCAACAGAUGCUGUUCGCGAAAUCAGAUGUCGUUGCUACAUGUUGUUUAAUGAGAAGUAUGGGCUAUAAAAUGAAGUAUGAUCGGAAUUCUUGGAGAGAAACAAACGCUUCCAGGAACUAUCAAUCGCAACUCGAACCAGACGCUUUAGUAUUAGAAGGUUACAGUAAGACGCUCAGAAUACAUCUUCCGGAUCUCAAAAGUGAAGGUCGAAUAGUGGAAUUAGACGGUGUCGGUGGAUGCGCGCUAAUGAUAAAAGCAGACUGUCACCGAAGCGGUUUACACUUUCCGGAAGUUGUGUAUAAACAUCACAUUGAAACUGAAGGACUAGCAAAACUGGCACAUGAUAUGGGAUAUAAUGUCGUAGGCCUUCCUUUUGUUGAAGUGUUUCACGUGUAA